AUGUCACACUUGGUUGAGAUCCCAGGACUCGGGUUCCCUGGCCUCCCUGUGGAUAUGACAGACGACUGCUUUCCUCUGGUGCCAUCCGUGCUGAGGACGCAGGGGUUGGGUGCACGGAGGAACUCUUAUGGGCUUCAGAAGAUCAGCAUGGACAUCGAUUCUCCUCUGUACAGCGGUGCCCUGUCCAAAGCCUUGUCCUGGUCUGCUGAGAACAUCCCCACCCUGUCUGAGUCCAGGGCAGAGGAGGAGAAACCCGAGGAGUCCCCGCAGAGGUCCCCCUCUCCGGUCUCCAGCCCGGGCACCAGCUCCAACACCCCUCCCAGCAGCCAGGAGCCCGAUGCAGGGUCUCUGGGUGGGAACUGGGGUCCAGUCCCGAGGUCUGGCUCAGAGGAGUCCGAAAAUGAACUUCAGAGCAAGAGGAAGAAGAUCUCGUCCCGCAUCACGUUUGAUUCCCAGUUGGAGCAGGAGGAGAAGGAGGACAUGGAGACCAAAGCGGUGGCGACCUCCCCAGAUGGAAGAUACCUCAAAUUCAACAUCGAGAUCGGAAGAGGGUCUUUCAAGAAUGUCUAUAAGGGACUGGACACGGAGACGACAGUGGAGGUGGCAUGGUGCGAGCUACAGACCCGUAAGCUUACCAAGGCGGAGCGACAGCGUUUCAGUGAGGAGGUGGACAUGCUGAAGGGCCUGCAGCACCCGAACAUCGUCCGCUUCCACGACUCCUGGAAGUCGACGGUGAAGGGCCACAAGUGCAUCAUCCUGGUGACUGAACUCAUGACCUCAGGCACGCUCAAAACGUACUUGAAGAGGUUCAAGGAGAUGAAGCUGAAGCUGCUGCAGCGCUGGAGUCGUCAGAUCCUGAAAGGGCUUCACUUCCUGCACACGCGCACUCCUCCCAUCAUCCACCGGGACCUCAAGUGUGACAACAUCUUCAUCACCGGCCCCAUCGGCUCCGUCAAGAUAGGAGAUCUUGGGCUGGCCACUCUCAAAAGUGCCUCUUUUGCUAAAAGUGUCAUUGGAACUCCAGAGUUCAUGGCCCCGGAGAUGUACGAGGAGAAGUACGACGAAGCGGUGGACGUCUACGCCUUUGGGAUGUGCAUCCUGGAGAUGGCCACCUCUGAGUACCCGUACUCCGAGUGCCAAAACGCCGCCCAGAUCUACCGCAAAGUCACCAGUGGAAUGAAACCAGACAGUUUCUACAAAGUCAAAGUCCCGGAGCUCAAGGAGAUCAUUGAGGGCUGCAUUCGUAUGAACAACGAUGAAAGGUACACUAUCCAGGACCUCCUGGAUCACCCCUUCUUCCAGGAGGACAACGGCGUGCACGUGGAGCUGGCGGAGGAGGACGACAUGGUGAAGUCGGGCCUGAAGCUUUGGCUGCGCAUGGACGACACCAAGAAGCUCCACGGGAAGUACAAGGACAACAACGCCAUCGAGUUCCUGUUUGAGCUCUACAAAGAUGUGCCCGAGGAGGUGUCUCAAGAGAUGGUUGUUCUUGGCUUUGUGUGCGAGGCGGACUUCAAGCUUGUGGCCAAGGCCAUACGGGACAGGGUGGCGGCCAUCAAGAGGCAGCGAGAGAAGCUGAGGCGGCGGGCGGAGGAGCGGAAGAAGAAGCAGGAGCGAGAAGCCAUGGAGGAGGAAGCAGAGACUCACCUUCCUUUACCUAAAGUCGGCGAUGUAGUCGCCAGAGAGUCCCCCGUCCCGGCCCUGACACCCCUGGCCCCCAUCCUGUCCCCCGUCACCAGCUCUGUGGACUCCGGAGUCAGCUCCAGCUACCCUGCAGAGCCGGAGGAGCCAGAGGCGGACCAGCACUUCCACAUCCGCCACAACAGCUUGUCCUCAGCUAACUCUGACUGCGAGACGGACGGCUAUCUGAGCUCCUCUGGGCUUCAGGAUCCGCUGGAGGCCGGCGGCUUCAACGCGCCCGUGACCCCUCCCACCACGCAGACGGCUGCAAACGGCCUCGCCAUCCCGGCCCUCCGCUUCCCCUCAAGUAUUGCUGUAUCCAACAACAUAGAACAUGGCAACUCAGUGCUCCCCAGUGGCUUCAUCUCUCCCGUGGACAGCUACGCCUCCGAUGUGACUUCUGGUUUGAGCGACGGCUAUGAAGGCCUGUCAGAGAAAAAUGAGAAAACGGCUGCGAGGCGAACGGCGGGAAAGCUGUUCAGGAGGAGGGCGCGCUCCAGGCUACGCAUCACCGGGCUCUCUGAUAAAGUGGACCGCGUGGUGGAGUGUCAGCUGCAGACACACAAUGACAAGAUGGUGACCUUCAAGUUUGACCUGGAUGGAGAUAACCCUGAAGACAUCGCUGCUGUCAUGGUGCACAAUGAGUUCAUCCUGCCGUCAGAGAAGGAGGGUUUCAUCUACCGGAUGGGGGACAUCAUCAAACGGGCCGAGGCUCUGAUGGACAAAGAGCAGCCGGGCCUCUCCAGCGGUCAGCGGCUCCCUCACCCGGCUUUCCUCCAUGGGGUUAACUCGCUGUCUUCCUCACAGCCGAAUCUGCACAGUCACACCAUGCCUCGAACACACUCCUCCUCCUCUCUGCCCGACUUCAGUGUGGCUAACCCGAGCGUAGAGGCAUGUGGCUCUCCGCCAUGCCCCAAUGGAGACGUCUUCAGAGCAGACGUUACUUCACCUGGGCGACCUCUAAUGCGCUCGCAGUCUUUCCACAACGGUCCAGGUUCUCCUCACCAUUAUCAGCAGCACCAACACCACAACCCUGCGUCUCUCCUGCCGCACCACCAGCACUACCACUUGCCAUACAUGGGCCACAGUAACUUCCCAUUCCAGUACCCCGGCUCUCCCGGUUCCCCAACACCAGGCGUCCAUCCUCCCCUCACCCGCGUAGCCAGUAACCCCACCUUCCCCUCCGCUCCCUCCCCGGCCCCCGGCUCCCCGAGUCCUCACAGUGACACCCAGAGCCCCAGCAGCAGUGAUGGUGUCAACAUGUCCCCAUCUACCCCUCAGCACCCCAACAUGUGGCCCUCCCACACGCAGCCAUUAUUUUCCUUAGCUAAUGUGAUCUCCAUGGCGAUGAGCAUGGCCCAGUCUUUCAUCCCUCCUCAGCCCAACCAGGGGAUGCCCUCCUACUACCACCACCAGCUACCCGCUCACAUGGCCCAACAGUCAGGUUACCCCUCCAUGUACCAACAGCAUUACCAGAACUCACCAGUAGAGGCCCAUUACUCAACAGCGGGCAUGCCGGCCCAGAACAACGUCUACCACAACCCUGAGAAUGUGCCUCUAAUGGAUGGAGCCGGUUUUCCUCAGAGCUGCCAUCCAGGCUGGCUGCAUCCCGCCUCUCCGCCGUCGAUGCCUUCCACUCCUCCGCCGGUUCAUCACGAGCAUUUUCAGCAGGCCGGAUUCUUCAGUCCCCCCAUCAGUCCCCCAAACAUGACCCAGGAGGACGGUCUCAACGGUUAUGUGGACUCGUACUCGGCACAGGUUCCAGUCCUGGCCGAACCCAAAUCAGAAGUCUCCAGCUCGAAUUCAGAUCUUUCAACAUCUCCCCCUGAGAGCCCAGAAAGCACUUUAUCAUCCUUCAGCAGUCCAUUGCAUCCCUCUAUACCUGAGAUGAAAACCAGCACCCCGAAACCAAAAGCCUCCCCUACUGAACCGGAAGUCCAGUCUGCACCCGUGACCGUGGGGCGAUUCCAGGUGACUCCCAGCAUGCAAUUCCCUCCGCCCGCUGCUCCAGUCGCUGCCGUACCUGCUGCAGCAGCACAGCCGGCAGACGGCGGCAGCAGCGACCCGUCAGAGAGCAGCACAGAGGAGCAGGGGGAGUCUGAGACCAGCCUGAGCACCUCCCUCACCAUGUCCCCCCCUCACCCGCAUCCCCACACCACCGGGCUCCUCCAGGAGGUGGACGGGCAGCUGGGAUGGAGCCAGGAGCAGCAGCAGGAGGACAGAGAGGAGGAGGAAGAGUUGGAUGAGGAGGAGGAGGUGGAGGUUGUUGCGGAUCGACAGAGGACGAGGAAGAGGAGUCGGAGGAGAGCGUACAGCCUGAGCCUGCUGGGAACGUCUGCGGACAGCGGGUUGUCGGUGACGGCGGCUGAGAUGGAGGGGAGGCUGUGGGACGGAGCGGCAGGAAGCCCGCAGUACAGCAACGCCCUCCAUCAUCUGUGGCUGAUGACCUACAACCGCAACGCUCCAUACAUAAGCAGCGACGACUCAGACAGCGACGCCUCCGACAUGCUGGAGGAGCUCCAGGAACUCAGACAGAAACACCUGAUGGAGGUGCAGGCCCUGCAGGACGCCCAGAAGAGAGAGAUCGAGGAGCUGUAUGAGAGGAUGGGUAAGGUUCCUCCUCCGGGCAUCGUCUCUCCUGCCGCCGUGCUCUCCAGCCGGCAGCGCCGCCUGUCCAAGGGGAGCGGCUUCCCCUCGUCCCGCCGGAACAGCCUGCAGCGCUUGGACAUGUUGCCCAUCCAAGGUAUCAUUAGGAGAAACUCCCUUGGAGGCAGCAGCAGCGGCGGCUCCCAGGAUAAACUGAGCAAAGGCGUCACCUUCGCCACUGACAUCAGUAGAAUGAUUGGUGGCUAG